GCACGUCGCAAAUCAGUGCUUACAGAGUGUGUUUGUGUGCAUUAAGUUGAGAGGAAGGAAAAAGGUGCAAUUGAAAAGUGAAACGAACAGCUGCACAGGCUCCAAACCAACCACCAACACCACCACCACUAAAAUGAUCGUACGGUGCACUAGUGCAGUGAAGUUGCUUGCAGCGGUCUGCUUGUGCGUGAAGGUCGCCCAGUGUGCACCAGCGCACGGCAGCGAUGAUGGUGGUGAAGAAUUUCGCGACAAAGCCCACGACGAGCAGUUGAAGCAUGUUACCAAAGUGGGCGACACUUACGUGGCGGCCCUAGAGGUUUAUGAUAAUCCACCGGAUCAGGACAAUGCCCGCAAGGAGGUGGACAACUUUCCCUCGAACAUCUACAGCAAGUACGAUGGGUUGCAGCUGAAAGUGAAAAGCUUUUUCCAUGCCGAACCACUCAUCGAUAACAUCCGGGAGUCGGACAAGUACGGCAACACGGGCGAUCAGUUCUACUUCAUCACGAAACCGUUGGUCGAAACCACGGCCAAAGUGAACAUGUUCAUCAACUCCGUGAUAGCGGCUCCGAAGAAACUGUUGGACGGAUUCAAGAAGCAGGCAUCGGACAAGCUGAACGAUGUUGGCGGAGCGCUGGUUGGCUUGAGGCGACGGUAGACGAGAACACGACAGACACCGGACUGCUGGACUGGAGAGCUGAACGGAGUACGAAUACGCACAAAAAGGACAUCAUCGUCAAUUUGGCGCUCCAGGAAACCUUGUGUUUGUGAAUCGUGCAGAGUCUGUGUGCGUGCGCAUUAUCAGAGUGUACAGAUAACAGAAGCGAAAGGAGAAGGUCGUGUAGAUAGGAUUGGUGAGUUAAAGGUUGAUUUAAAGGUGAGAAAUGGAACCUACCCCGAAAUGUUGCUGUAAAAUGGACUGCGGUAGUAAAGUGAUUAGCGAAAAGGU